CUCUUCUUCACCCACCCCACUCUCCUCAAGCCGCAACACCUACCACGCACGCACACCAGAGACCGAUCAAGAUCGAGAUGUCGACGGAGCUCACGGCGGCGCAGCUGCGCGCCUAUGACGGCAGCGACGCGUCCAAGCCGAUCUACGUCGCCAUCCGCGGCAAGGUCUACGACGUCUCCGCGGGGCGCGGCUUCUACGGGCCCGGCGGCGACUACGCCAUCUUCGCCGGCCGCGAGGCCAGCCGCGCGCUCGCCAAGAUGUCCAAGGACACCGCCGACGUCUCCGGUGACCUCGCGGGCCUCUCCGACAAGGAGCUCGGCGUGCUCGCCGACUGGGAGAAGAAGUUCGAGGCCAAGUACCCCGUCGUCGGCCGCCUCGCCUGAAAGAAAAGUCAAUUCGCCUCCGGUCGUAGCCGCCACCGGCACGGCACCCCCUCUUCCGCCGUCAAGUGUAGUGUUGUACUGUCCUGCGGUCAGCUCUGUCCAUGUGUAUCCUGUUACUCCCUGCGUAUGCCGCUGUCAGGGUGUGUAUGAUUUUGCUUACUGCCUGCUUAAUAGCUGUCCAAUAAUCCGACGGUGUGUUACUGUGUUUGGCAAUAAUUGGUGAAUGGAAAUACUGGGGUUGGCUAUGAUUAUAGAAAUGAA